AUAAUAACGUUUACACUAGAUCGUUGUUGUUUUGAUAUUUUAUGUUAAGUCAGUCAUGAAUAGCAGAAGAUAAAAUUUGAUGUGAAUACUCUAUUUAGUAAGAUGUGAGGCUUGUAAGAAUUUUUGUAACGAAAUUCCGUUCGAUGUUGAUGUUUUGGUUAUGAAUAAAAUUAGGACGGAGAUUUACAGCGCCCUCUACAGGAAGCAGGUGGCGGGUGGACUAGAAGAAAGUCUACCAUCGACGCUGCUGCAUGAUUAUUAAUGACGUGCCCUUUGCAUUUGUGGGAAAAACAUUCACUCAUCGAUUGAGUUGCCAUUUAAUCUUUUACACAAACAUCAGGAAUCAUGGCUCAGAGCAAUCCUGGUCCCAUGGAACUUUUCCUUGCUCAGGCAAACCAGGAGAUGACUGCAAGCCCAAUGGACAGUGAGAAUGAUGAUGAAGAUGAUGAAAUGGACAUAACAUUUGAUGAUCUCUUGUCCCCUGGCCAGCAUCCUUCUUCUGAUUUAAUAACAAAAUAUCUUAAAGGUGAAAUGACAUUUCUCCAGUUACAAGAUGCUGUCAGGUCCAAACGACGUAAAGAGGAAAAUGUUGUGUCCCUAGAGACAGCUGACCAACCUCUGGACAUUGAGAAGCUGACCAAAAUGGUCCAGGAUAUGGAGCAGUCUCAAAGUGGAGACUCUGAUGCAGAACCCAGUGCUGAAACCAGUACCACAGUUGGUGAAUUGCCUGCUACGCCAAGAAAACGGAGGAGGAGAGCCAAGAGGACUAAAUUACCCAAGGAGCUCCAAGGUCUGAUGGGAGAAGCCAACCUCAAAUUUGCCCGCGGUGAAACCCAAGAGGCAAUAGCCAUGUGUAAUGAGUGCAUCAGGCAAGUGCCCACUGCAUAUGAGCCAUACCAGACUCUUGGGAUGUUAUAUGAAGAAAUGGGAGACACGGAAAAGUCAUUGCAGCUUUCUUUAAUAGCUGCCCAUCUUAACCCCAAUGACCCUGAAGAAUGGAUAAAACUGGCAGAAAUGUCUCUUGAACUAAACAAUGAACAGCAGGCCUUACAUUGCUAUACUAAAGCUGUGAAAUAUGACAAGACAAACAAAGAUGUGAUGGUUGACAGAUGUAAACUCCUGGAGAAGAUGGGUGACAUUAAGCAUGCACUGGAGGGUUACCACCAGAUAAUGAACAUACUGCCCAAAGAAAAUGGUGAAGAAUAUGUCCAAUUAGCUAGGGAGGUGACCAAGAACUAUCAUGAAAUGGGUGAUGUUAAAUCUGCACUUGAGACUAUGUCCAAAACCUUUCAGCUACAUCCCUCAUUUAUCACCUCAGAAGAUGUGAAUGUCAUGGUGGAGCUCCACAUGGCACAGAAAAAUUAUGAGCAAGCCUUUCAGGUUUUAAUAGACAACUGUGGCCUUAAGCUUGAAUUGAACAUUCCUGAUUAUGAGGAACCUGUCAAUAUGCACAAUGUUAUUUUAAAAGGACUGCAUCCAGUUAGUUGUCGGGUUCCUGAUGUUCUUCCCAUAGAUCUGAGGGUAAAAGUUGGUGUUCUUCUUAUCCAGCUUGGUUUCUACACGCCAGUAGAGAGUGUCCUGCGCCCAUUGUUUGAAGAGACACCCAAUGAUUAUGGAGACCUGUACCUGGAUGUGGCUGAGGCAUACAUGGACAAGACUGACAACAGACUAGCAAAAUCUAUUCUCAACAAAUUAGUCCACUCUGAAAAAUACAACCUGCCUGCUGUUUGGUUACGGUAUGCAGAGUGCCUGAGUGCAUUAGGAGAGCUCCAGAUGGCAGCUGACGCCUAUAAACAUGUGGUUGAACAGGCUCCCUCUCACUACUCUGCCAGGGUGUCUCUGUCCAAUAUACAACAACAGCUGGGGAAGCCUGAGGAAGCUUUGAAAGCUUUGUCUCAAGAUGAUGAAAGCUUUACAGAAGAGGAGGAAGACCUACUCCCUCAGGAUGUACGUCUGCUGCUGCAUAAAUCCAUGCUGUUGUGUUCCCAAGGCAAAAUGGAAGAGUGUUUAAAGAUCACAAAGAGGCUACUUUUUGCUUACAAAUUAACACCAGCCAUUAAAAAGGCCAUGAUGCAUGCCCAAGCCCAGAAAGGAAAAUUUGAAGCUAUCAAAACAACCCUUGGUGUUGAAAUAGAAAAUAAAAUUAAAACAGUGCCAGCAUUACAGAGUGGAUCUGGAGUAACAGCAGAAGACCUUUGGGACUUGUACAACAAGGUAUAUGAGGGUCUGGCUGAGAAAGAAAUGUAUCCUGAAAUGGAGGACUUGUCCUGUAUGACUUUGACAUGUCCUGCUCUGUGCAAUAACAUCAAUGACACAGAAAAAGAAAGGUAUCAAGAGCUGGAGUGGAAAUGUCUGAUUGCCUGUGUUCUCAACAAGAAUGGUGAAUUAGCAUACGCCUUUAUAAAGGAAAUAGUGCUCAGGGAUAUGUCAAACACUCCAGCCUGGAAUCUGUUCUGUCAGGUGAUCAGCUUGACCACUGACAUCAGACACAACCGCUUUCUACUCAGAAUGAUGAUGAAGUAUCCAGAAAACAAAGCACUUGGUAUGCUGAAUGGCCACAAUUCAUCUGUGUUUGGGACAUACAAAAGUGCUUUGGGUGAAUACAUCUCUGUGUAUCGUCAGGAGCCGGAUAAUGCCUUGCUGAACCUGGUUAUAGGGAUGACACUCAUCAAUAUUGCCUCACAGAAAUUCACAGCCAAAAGACAUGCCACUGUUGUACAGGGUGUGUCCUUCCUGAACAGAUACAAGGAGCUGAGAGGAGAAUGUCAGGAGGUUUACUACAAUCUAGGCAGAGCAAUGCAGCAGUUAGGCUUGUUUCAUGCAUCAAUAUUUUACUACCAGAAAGCCCUAGAUCUUGACCCUGCUAUUAGUGGAGAAGAUCAGGAGCUCUUUGACUUGCGACGAGAAACAGCUUACAACUUGUCACUGAUCUACAAGUCUUCAGGCUCCCCCCAGAUGGCACAGCUGUUACUGCAGAAGUAUUGUGUUAUAUGAUCCAGUCUAGAGGUAGUCGGGCUGCGUUGUAUGAAGUUACUGGUUCCAACACUAAGAAACAGAUGGUGUCACACCGUCUAAUAGCGUCCCUGGGGUUCUGCCACUGAAGUUGGCAUAGACGCUACUCCAGUUUCCUUGGUCUCACGAAGACACAUUUCUGCAAUGUGCCAAUUGAAAAACAGUACAGUUAUCCAUAUUCAGUUUGCAGGCUGUGCUGAAGAAAGGAAGACCACAUGCAGCAGAAGGUCAACCAACUAAGGCAACGUAUCGGGUGCAUAAACCUUGACGGAGAUAUUGGUGCUGAGGUUAUUUCCACAGUAUAAAGAGCCAAUAGGUGCUGUAGUAAGAAAGGCAUAGCUCUCAACUAUUUGCCAUAGCAAAAAAAAGUUGGCUUGAGUGUGUUUCCGAAAUUCAUGAGGCUUUUACUGAAUUUUAUGAAAGAAUACAAAGUGGGAAAAUGUUCUGAUGAUAAGCACAGCAUGUAAUAAAGCAUGAUAGCCAAACCUUGGAGACUAACAAGAAUGUUGCAAUGGGGUCACAUAAAGAUCAUUUUACAAGUUGAAGCAAGUAUGUAUAAGUUUUUCUUCACACCAUUUCAGAUUGAGAUCUGAAAACGAUGACCUAAGGAAAGUAGCGUCUUUAAGUAUUAGAGAGGGUAUCCAUUUUUCCUUCUCCAGAAUCAGACUUCUUUGUAAUGAAAGUAGACAUCUGUCCUUGGAUGAUGUGAAACCGAAAUAAAUCUGCAAAAUUCUUUGAUUUU